GAAAGUGAAAACUCCUCUUUAGCUGUGAUCAAUCCUGUACGCGCAUCUAGACCCGAGUCAACAGAAGCAGCAUCACCGUCUGUAAAUCUGCCUAAUUUAUCCGAUUGGGUGAGAACAUCUCGACCAAUGUAUGAUAAGAUACCCUGCACUGAUUAUGAUCCUUUAAAGCCGUCAGUAUCAUCAUCAGCAUCAUCCUCGUCAGCAUUUGCACCAGUGGCAACAACAACACUAACAACACCAGGCCAACAAACACAUGAAUCACGUUCACGAUCAUUAGCUGCUCAACAGCGGUCUUUAUUCACUGCUCUCCAUUCGCAUAGAAGACGUCUACCUCUGGGUUUAUGGUGGAAACUUACACAUAAAAAAUUUAAUCAAACUGGUGAAGAGUUUAGAAAUGAGUUGUGGAAAGCUCAGUUUAUUCGACAUCAGAAACGCUUUAGUUUACCAGUGAAUUGUGGACCAGUGAGACGACCGUCAGACACCGUGAAAACAGAGCUACAGUGUAGAUGUCAUCAACCGUUAACUCCAGAGUUAAUACAAGAAAUUCAACGAAAAUUACGCGACACCUCAUGGAUACAAAAACUGAACACUACAGAAAGCGCAGAAGUCAAGUGUUCAACUAUUGCUACCAGUACUGCUGAAAAUGUGCCGGAGAUAUAUCGUCGUGGAAGUGAAGCUAGUCAGUUGACAGCCUGGGAACAACGAUUAAGACAAUAUAGUGACCUGUAUAAUCCUGGAACGCAUACACCAAUCACAUCCACAUUUCAUCAACCUGUUCCUCAAAUAGAAACGGAUGAUGAUGAUGUUGUUGAUGAAGAAGGGAAGCUGAAUUCACUCUAUCCAUACUUCUCCUCUCAAUACACAGAUGAAAUGCUUAUCACGAGUGUAGAAGGUCAAGAUAUGAUGAAUCUUCCAGCUAAUACAAUAGCUGAGUCAGUCACAGUAACAACAGCUAAUACCAGUCCUAAACAACUUGUUCAAUAUAACACACAAUUUCUAUUGGAUUCUGUCAGGGAGGAUAGUUCUCUUCUUCCUGGUUGGAAUGAAUCAUCCUAUGAACCUCACAUGACUAAUACUGCAAAUGUUUCACCUAUUAGUCAAUCAGGAAUUGAAUUGACCGAUUUGAAAACUGAACUUCAUAAGGUAAGUAGAAAAUUAUUGUUUCAGUGUUUUUCACUGAUGGCUAUGUCAGGUGGUCUGUUGAUGUAUUCUUCCUCUGAGGUUUUGCUGCUGUGUAAUGCUAUCAUUCCGGUGACUGCUUCCAUAUCUAUUAAUUAG